CAGCCGUUUGGAGGGAAAGAUGGAGGGCUCGUGAUAACUUUCUGGGAGAUGAGAACUUUGUUUUGUUACAAAUAGUGGGAAAUUUGGCGAGGUUUUCGCUAAUAUUUCUCUCAGUUUAAUGAAAGAAUGUGCAAGAGAUGACUGACAACUUACAGAGAAGCCCUACGUGUCCGAAUUGUUGCAGGAAUUUCGCAGCACAAGAUGUAAGCCGGCCACUGGGGUACUCCUGUUACCCUCUGCUGCUGAAGUGUGGCCAUACUUUCUGUGAAGGAUGCCUGAUCAAAUUGGCCAGGCUGCAGAAGACAGCUAUUGCCUGUCCCACUUGCCAGGUCAGCACACCACUACGGAAAGCAGAACAUAGUGUCCGCAGUCUGUGGCCAGAUAUCUAUACCCUCGGUCUACUGGUGGUCAACAAAAGAUUCUCACUGGAAAGUGGAGCCACCAGACCAGGACAGAAGAGUAGAAAUGUUGUGGAUAAUGGUGAAGUUGCAUCUCUUCCUGCUCUGGACAAACAGAUAAAACAUGUGUCCAAGUGUGCGGAAUGCAACACCAGAAAUGCUUCCUGCCGAUGUGCCAAGUGUGAAUGUGAUCUGUGUGGGCUCUGCUUUGACAAGGUGCACAAGGUAUCACGUACAUUGAUGAGACACCAGGCAUCCCCACUGACUCCAGAUGGGAUGACCAGUGGUUGCCAGGUACAUGACAACAGAAUCAUAGAGUUCUACUGCCAGGACGACAAGGCCUCCAUCUGUUCUCACUGUGUUGUCAUGGGCGACCACAAAAAUCACAACAUUGUCUCCAUCCUGGACAAGAACAAGGAGGUUGCAGCUGAAAUUGAGCCAGCUAUACUUGUAGCCAAGACUGUUCUAAUGAGAAUAAAGGAGGCAGAUAAGGUCUUGACUGAUGCUAUUCCAGGGUUGAGGACUGAGGUGGCACAGUUAACACAUGAGCUCAGGACUCACUUCCAACUACUACAUGGUGCACUACAGGCUAGGGAGAUAAGUUUGAUGGAACAGAUAGAAGAGGCAGGACAUGCUCAGGUUCAGCCACUGGAGGGCAUGAGGAACACCCUUGUUGAGCAUGCAAAGAUGCUGGAUUCUUUAGUCAAAGAUGCACACAGAGCCUUGAAGAACACACAGACCUUGCUGAAUGCCACUGAGAUUGUGGACAAGUUGUCUUCAGCUGAUGAUCUGCCUUGCUGUGCUGUAGCUUCAGAAAAGAAGGGACCAGCCAUACUGUGUUCAUUGGACAAAAGCCUAGUGGAGGUCAUCAGUUCAUAUGGCACCGUGGAAAGUAACUCCAACGCAAGAUAUGACUUGAAACGUAUCAGUGAGGUCCCACCAGAAUGGGUACAGCAGAUGCCUGUGCAACCCGCGGAAAACCAAACCCAUGCCGAAGUAAACGGGGCAGAGUCGGACAGUUCUGUGGACAAGUUUGGAUCACAGGACUCCAGUCAGGGAGGGGAGGACACCUCCAGUAAGGACAGCAGUCCCAAACAGAAGAGAAAACAGAGAAUCAGGACUAGUUGGAAACCAAGUCGCUGGGAGAUGGUGUUCGUGACCCAUAUCAAGCACCCCUGCCACUUCCUGGUACAGCGGCUGUCCGAUAACGACCGCGUGGACGCCAUGAUGAAGGCCAUUAACAAGUUCUGUAACAGUCAGGAGCCAGAAUACAUCAGUGUGGACAACCUGGCAGUGGGAAGAUGCCCAAGAGAUUCCAGGAUAUCCCUGAAAUGUCCAUGUGCUGUUCUCUGGUGGACAUAGUACCCAUAGAUAAGGAAACAGGGAAGUGGUCCCAGGAAGCUAUACAAGCCUUUGCAAAGAUGGUCGGGGACAAACCAGUUCUUCUAAAGAUCAUGAAACAAUCCGGAAGUCUACUGUAUGUAGAUCUACACAAGCCACCUAACGAAGACAUUGACACAGACAUGCCCGUAUCACUCCGAGAUGCCCUGGUGUUCCUCGAAGUAGCCUACCUCAGGUCGCCACACUCCGUACCAUCCUUUACUGCAUCAGUUCUGCAGCCAAGAAGGAAGUUCCUACCAGCUGAACCUUUACUCCAGGGACAGGACAUACCUGUGUUAGGCAGCCAUGUCAUGGGACCUGACCUCUUCUUUGUACAAGUGAUUAGUGCAGCUGAGGCCCAGUACAUGAGAGAUAUGAUGGCUCAAAUGCAGGAGCUGUACAAUCAGGAACAGGGGGAAGAAUGGAGCAUUCUGUGUCCAUAUGAAGGUAUGGUGCUGGUUGCUAAGUAUGAGGAAGACAACCUGUGGUACAGAGCACAAGUUGUGGAUCUCCCAGGUAACAAGCAGGUGGACAUCACAUAUGUUGACUUUGGAAACACUGCUCGAGUCACCUGUUCACACCUGAAGAAGAUACCGGACAGGUUUCUCAAACUCCCCAUACAGGCUGUCCCCUGUGUGCUGGAUGAUGUGGAACCUCUGGAUGCUUCUACUGGAUGGUCUGAUGAGGCACGUAUCCAGUUCAACCAAAUGGCCCUGUUUAAAAGCCUGGUGGUGAAUGUGCAAGGGCAGACAGCUGACUCCAGGCUUAAGGUUCUGCUGUAUGAGUCCCUGGACAAGCAGAUCUGUGUUAACAGUCUUCUGGCAGAGGAAGGGCACGGAACAUACACCGGACAGGCGAGGGCACAAACAGAACCAGUAAAAGAAGAAGAAGUCCCCGUGAGUGCCAACAAUAUAGACAUACCUGUACCUGCACCUGUACCAGAGGAGCCAGCAGGAACAGACAUCCAGGAGGUCCCACUCACACACUCAUCGUCUGUAGAACUGGAACCAUCCCAACCACUGGAGCUGCAACCUCCCAGAGAGAUGGCCAUGACACCUGAGGCUCCCCCUAACGACAGUGACUUGGACAUCGAGACAUGUCGAGCGCCCCCUAUCCAGGAGGGAGAGAACUGCCUGCCUGUCACUGUCUGUCAUGUGGAGUCACCUGCGCAGGUGUUUGUACAGUUGGCUUCAGCUGGAGAGGAUGGCCUAGACAGAAAAUUUAUACUGGACUUCGUAAGUCUGAUGUCUGAGAUGGAAGAACACUACAAGGAGAGUGAACCUAGCCUCAUCUCUUGGAAGGAACAGGACAUCUGCUGUGCCAAGUACUCAGUAGACAACAGGUGGUACAGGGCCAGGGUCUGCAGUAGUAAGGGCAACAACAGUUUCGAGGUAUUCCACCUUGACUAUGGUAGUCAAGAGGUUGUAUCGGUUGACAACCUCCGUCCCCUGCCAGAGAAGUUCCAGUACCUGCCAGCAUUUGCCAUCUGCUGCCACCUGGCCAACCUGGUGCCUGCAGGUGGGAAGGACACCUGGACAGCUACGGCGUGUGAGUUCCUGAGCAACCUGGUCACACACGUCCCCUGCACUCUGGUCACCAAGGGGCCAGUUGAAGAAGGCUCCCUCCCCGUGGACCUGCUGUAUGAACACAGAGUACAGGAGACGGCCUUGACUGCUGCCAAGGCUAGUCUCAUCAGUGUCAGUCAGAGUCUCAUCCAGGAGGGCGUGGCACUCAAGAACAAAAGGUCAAAUAGAUCACCAAAGCCAAAAUCAGUGGCCGACCCACAGCCUACUGAAAACACAGCCCCUGUAGACCACAACUACAAUGUCAAGAACAUCUCUGGGAAACCGCUGGCAUCAGGAGACACAGACAAGGUACCCGAGGAAGAGGAGAAGGCUGGUGAGAAGUGGAGUUACAGGAAACCAGUCCUCCCUGCCACGGAACAGUUCCCUGUAGCCAUCACAUUCAUCAACUCUAAAGCUAUCAUCUAUGGACAGGAGGUCAAGGAAGACAACAGCACUCUGGAGGACCUGAUGUUAACACUACAGCAACAGAACGAGAACCCUCCAGAACUGACCAAUUGGAAUGGCUGUUACAAGUGGGAGGUGGGAGAGCCCUGCCAAGCACAGUUCACACAAGACCAGCACUGGUACAGGGCCAUGGUGCUGAACCUGACAGAACAGGGUGUUGAGGUACAGUAUGUGGACUUUGGUAACACAGAGGUCCUACCAGCUCAUAGUCUGAGGAGACUGAAGAACCUGAUCUCCAUCCCACAGCAGUGCCUGGAGAUGCAACUGUUCGGAGUCUGGCCUAUCUCUGCUGACGGUGCCUGGCCUACAGAAGCUGUCCUGUUUCUCCUGGAGAAUGUGAUGGGACAGACAUGCCUGGCCAUGCUCAAGAGUAAGCCAUCUCAAGGCCCUCUCCGUGUGGAGCUAGUCCUGGGGGAUGGACAGAAUGUGGGAGAGAUGAUGGUGAACAGGGGGCUGGCAGCACCAGGGAAAAAGCCUUGUGGGGAACACAUGUACCCAGUGGGAGAGGAGGUGGCAGGACUACUGGACAGUCUGAAGGCUGUACAGAAGGGUUUACCUGCGCUGAAGGGAGUCCCGGCAGAGGAACAUCAGAUGAUGUCACCAUCGGAGGAUGAUGACAGCAGUAGUGAUGAGGAUGACGUCUCCUACUGUCCGCCGUUCUCACCCGCCAUACUGCCUCCGCCAGGUCAACACUUCAAGAUCAACAUCACCCAUGUGGACCAGCCUAACCAGAUGUACUUCCAGCGUGUGAUGGCUGAUGAUGAUGAUGAUAACGGAGAGGACCCUACGUUAGUGGAGACCCAGCGCCAGCUCCAACUGUUGGAGACUAUCACUGAUGAGAUCGUGGCUCAAGUGGACACUUUCCCUCCACUGGACAAUAUCAUAGCUGGGAUGGCGUGCUGUGCCUGUUACACCAUGGAUGACAGUUGGUACCGAGCACAAGUCAUCAGUAUCCAGUCCCUGGACCCGCUGGCUCUCUGGGUCCUGUAUGUGGAUUAUGGCACCUCGGAACUCCUUAUGGCUGAUAGACUGAAGCAGCUGCCCGAGCGUUACCAGACCUUACCGAUGCAGGCCACCAAAUGCACCCUGCUGGGUGUCCAGGCUGCAGAACUGACCGGUCAGGAGUCCGGCCUGCUACCAGAGAGUAGCUGGACUCUCCAGGCACUCAAGGCCAUGAUACAAGCUGUGGACAACAAGGUGCUUGCGGCCUGCAUCAAGGACCCUGGGCCCCCGCCCUCCCUCCUCCUGUUUGAAAACAUCAGUCCCAAACCUCGGCUGGUGGUCCAGUGUCUGGUGGAGCAGGGUCUGGCCCUACCUGACACCACUGGAUUGGAGGGGCUGGAGUGGGUGUUGGACCAGAUGCCAGCAGCACAACAAGAGUCUGAAGAAACAUUGGAGCAAGAAGUGGACUAGACCCAGUAUUCUCACCAGGAUUUUUACACAGCAUAGGGGCAUCUUAGCACAACAAAGCCAUGUGGUGUGUGAUACAGGCGUGAGCAUAUUGUAAGGGGUCUGGGGGGAUUCCUCCUCCUGAAAAGUUUUUAAUCUCAACCCCUGAAACACUUAGUCUAUUUCCUGCAUUUUGAGGGCCAAAUAUAGGGAAAGAUAGCCAACUUUAUUUAUCUUUGUUGCAAAAUACAGAAAACUUCCCUUUGUUACUUAAGAUACAGCAUUGGGGUCCAAAUCACAGUAUUGGAGCCCAAAUCACAGCAUAGGGGAUCCAAAUUACAGCAUAGGGGCCCACCAAUGCUGAAAAGUCCUAGCGAGAACACUGUAGAAGUCAUGUUUAAGUCACAACUUCCCUUCGACGAUCUCCAUUAGAAUUAGCCUGUCUGCAAUAUCCAAUCACGUGUAAGACCAGACCAUCCUCAGGAAAAAACAACCAUAUGAAGAAUGCCUGAAUGUAGAGUGCAACUGUCAAUCAUUUCAGAACCAUGUGCCCCUGAUCUUCACUGAUUGGCUGCAUUGAUUGAUGUAGGUGUGGCUAUGAAUGAGAAAUACAGCCAUAUGCAAAUAAAGAUGACGUCAUGACUUUGAAAUCUCGUUACACUGUGUAUAUUGUAUACACUUUGUCAUGAUGUCUGUAUACGUAGCGAAUUAGACUUACCAUAGCAAUGAAAAUUGAAACAGAACAAAACAAACAUCAUACUGUUGGUCUAAAAGUUUAUUUUUGCCUGCAUUACAGCAUAUGCUAUGUUAGAUGAAAACAUUACUGAUGAAACAAUGUCACUGGUGCUACUGAUACUCUUGAUAAGUCACUAAAUCACAGAACAUGACUGGAUAAUGCUUCAAUUGAAAGUUGAGACAGAGACUAUGUUCUAAUCAUAUAUGCUUUAUGGGACAACAAUGAUCUUGGUGCUCAAGUUGAGAAAAUUCUAUAUUUUUGUUGAAGUCUUUUAUUUUCAUACAGAAUCAAGUAUAUCAUUCAAGAGAGCAUGUGGAAAUAUCUUAGAUGUGCCACAAAUAUGACAAACAUAAAGUUUUGUUUUGUAGAUUAACUACUAUCAAGGAUUCACAUAUACCUCGAGUAAAUAGAAGUAGGUUUACAGUAGAUUUUGUACUACUGUUGGGAAAGAAAAAAGAGAGAAAUAUCUGCAUUGAUGAUACAGGUAUAUCAGUCGUAAAAUCCUUUCCAAACCCUAUCUGGACAAGUUUAAAUGUUACUGUUUGUACUCUAGGUUUAAUAGUUGACAACAAUCAAAGUUUAGUAACGUUAUGAUAACUAGUAUGCUAGAAUGCACCUUCUGUAGUUUUUGUUCAUUUUCUUGUUUUUGGAACGGUUCACUUUCUGCUGUAGUCAAAUAGAUUGUUAUGAUUUCCAAAAUAUGAGAAAAAUCAUUGCUUUGGAUUUACUGGUUGACUUGGACCGUUUACUUUACAUGUUGAAAUAAAGAAAGUUUGUUCCAGGUCA